GUUCCCUGAACGCCUCACACUGUUGCUUUUCUUUUUCAAAAAGGGGCGGAGCUUGGGUCCUUGUGCGGCUUUCAUGUACCUGCUGCCCACUUCACUCCCACGUCUUGAUUGGUCGUCUUGGGCAGAAUCCACUUGAGUGAUUUCAAACCCGAGUGUUUGGGGAGGUGGGGGGCUCUCCGGGCUCGUUGGAAGAGACUUUGUUCACCAUCACGCCAAACCGGAGCGGAGCGCCGUUCACCGAGGGUUCGAAUCCUGCCGGAGCUCGAAUAUGGAAUAACAUUGAAGGCAACACCAUCUAAAGAUAUCUGAGAUCUGAAAUUCCGCCGUCAUGGCCAAAAAUCCGUCCGAGGGGCCGAAGGAUGAAGUGAGCCAGCUGACGGAUGAGGAGCUGCUGCGGUCCAGCAAGGAGGACCUGGUCCGGAGACUGAGGCGAGUCGACGGGGAGAAGAUGAAUCUGAUGAUCGAGCACGGCAACAUGAUGAAAGACAUCAACCGGAGGCUGCAGGUGCACCUCCACGAGAUCCGGAGUCUGAAGGAGAUCAACCAGAAGCUGCAGGACGACAACCACGAGCUCCGGGAGCUCUGCUGCUUCCUGGACGACGACCGGCAGAAGGGCAAGAAGCUGUCCCGAGAGUGGCAGCGCUUCGGCCGCUACACCGCCAGCGCCAUGUGGAAGGAGGUGGGCACCUACAUGAUGAAGCUGAAGGAGCUGGAGGCCAACCAGGACACCGUGAUGAGGGAGAACUGCGAACUGAAGGAGAUCAUCCUCAUGCUGGACGAGGAGAGGAACGGGGCCGGCUCCAGGAGCUCUAUAGACAGUCAGUCCAGCCUGACCAACCUGAACGGGGGCACCGGGACCGUCAGGGAUGUUGGGGAUGGGAGCAGCACGUCCAGCACGGGGAGUGCCGGCAGUCCGGACCAUCACAACCACAUACACAAGCCCUCUGAGAACAGUAAGAUGGGCCCCACCAUAAGAAGAUCCAUGGAUGACCUGUCGGCCCCGCAUCACCACAGGAGCAUCCCCAACGGACUCAACGGCUCAUAACCGCUAUAGCUUAUCACAAAUACAGAUGAAGAAGCAGUGCAACCCAGGUGACCUCCGCGCCCUGAGGAAGGGAAUGACUCUGUACCACUCCGAGUCCCAGCUCUCCUCGCUGCCCCAGCGCCAGGAAGCCAUGCACAUGGGUACGUGCCGUCUACCCACCAGCGAAUCCUCACCUGCCACUGGAUACCUGUCCUGCGUGCAGAAACCUGAAGCUGUGGUGCAUGCAAUGAAGGUGCUGGAGGUCCAUGAGAACCUGGAUAAGCAGGCUCCGGAGGACUAUGAAGACGACCUCAGCGAGAAGGAGAAGGCCAUCGUGCGAGAGAUGUGCAACGUGGUGUGGCGGAAAUUGGGCGACGCCGCGGGAUCAAAGCUGUCCGUCAGACAGCACCUUUCCGGGAACCAGUUCAAGGGGCCGCUGUAGUUACCCGGCAACCGAUGUGGGAUCCGGCAGACACGACGAACGGACUGUCGUCCAUAUUUACAUGUACAGUUUUUACAUGUUUCUCAUCCCUCCAAGCUUAUGUUAACUGGCAGCUAGUUUCACCGACUCAUGCUUCCCGACACGACCCCCGUGUGACCGUCUACCACCCCCGCUGUAGUCGUGCCGGGGCGCCACGGAAGCGAUAAUGCGGCUGCAACAAUGUUUUUUGUUUGUUUUUUUUAAUAGUUGAGACCCUUUGUCCUGUCACGUGUAAAGGCCGAUUUCCACUGGUCCGUUUGCGAUGCGUCUCCGUUGCGUUAACAUCAUUGACAUGAAUAGAGUACAGUACGCACAUCGUCCAAUUUCACCAUUUUGGGACCAGACGAUGUUAGCAAGAAGCGAUUGGUCUGAGAAACGCUUCCAACGUUUGAGGUGGGGCCAGCGGACACCACAUGCUCUAAUUCAGACAUCUGAUUGGUCAGUUUAUAACUAGCAAUAAAGAAGAUAUGUAUAAUGGAAACAAAAAUUAGCUUUAGCAUGUUAAAAAGAGACACCAGAGGAAGAAUGCUUGUUCCGACAAACGAAAUGACUGAGUAAUCUCAGCAUAUUUCUCAAUAGACGUCUACAGGAUUUUUGAGUUUCUGGGACCAGCAGGUACUUCCUGUUCCUAUAUACGGUCUAUGGUUAUCACGAAAGAAUUCGAAUGUAAAGUAUUGACGCUUACAUCCCCUCCGUCCCGCCGCGACGCAAGCUUUACGCAGUUCCGUUUCCAGUCCGUCAACAUGUCAAUUUUGGGAUAAAAAGAAAGAGAAACAGGAAACGGUUGUGGAUUUCAAAAUAAAACUUCUUGUGUAUUUUCAAAACAAAAAUGUAUAAAGUUUAGUUUUAUAUUUGAGGUGACGUGGCCACACUAUCAUGUACGUUAAAACCAGAGAUAACACCGUGAUUAAUUUUGCAGUGAACGACAAAAAUGUAACUUCGGUAAUACAAAAGUUCAACAUCAUUUAUGACACAAAAUAUGCAUUUUACAACGUAUUUUUGAGAAAGAAGAGGGAAUGUGAGUCAUUGCUUACGUUUUAGAUGAGCGAAAAAAGCGGGACCAACUACUCAACAUGGGGGAGGGGCAGAACAAACCACUCCUCUGGAAGCGAGGGGGGAGGGGACAGAUCGGAUACGAAACAGAGUCAAAGUAAACUAACCGACGGUUAAACUAAACCAACUCUCAUCGCUACAGAGACGGACCAGUGUGAAUUCGGGGUCACUCCUUCCACACACUCCCCCGAAGUGGUCAGUGUGUUCCUAGGAUUAGCAUUUCUCAGUGAAGCCCCCCUGUGAUCUAGCACAUUUCGCUCAUGUAUGGAGAACUUAGGGAUCACUGUUGUGUAUAUGAUGUAUAGAACCAUAGCACUACUUCAUUUAUUACUAUUGAUUUGAUCUGUUUUAUAUUCUAGCAUGGCCAUACGAUCAAGAAUUCAGUUGUAGACCUGAAACCGGGUUUGCUUUUUUGGAUAUUUUUUUUUUUUAAUUCAUAAAACUUUAACCUCUCCUCUCUUUAAGCUCUAAAAAUUGAUUCGAUCUGUUGUUUCUGUUGCAUCAUUUUUAUUUUUUAUUUGUGAAACUAACUAACAAACCCCCGUAUGCUGUGUGCAUGCCAGACAAUCAUCUUCUCAGGUUGGAGGGCUGCAGCUUUACCUUCACCCAUCUGUGACUGUGUUUUUCUGAGGUGAGACUGUUCUCCUGCAGCUGUAGCAUCAGUUAUUUCUGGGUUAUUUUGGGCUCGUUUUUAACAGUUUUUCUGAAUCCACACAUAAAAAACUAACUGCAAAAAUGUGUUUAAAUUCCUAUUCACCCCAGUGAAGAGUUUCCGAUUUGAUUUCUGGAUUCAGUCUGUGCUUUUUAUAGGUGAGGCCAAGUCUUCCUUUUGAAGUCUCCACAUGAAAAACAAUAAGUAUCUGUUGAUGUCAGAGUGAACAAACUCAGAGUAUUUAUUGUUAAGUGUGAACAUAGAGAAACGGAGAGCGAUCAGAACCCCAACAGCCCGGGUCGCCGGGCAGAUUGGUUCUCCUCAUCUCUAGAACCAUUUUGUUCCAAAUUAGAACAUUUUUGAGGUGACCUAUUGCUUAAAAAAUGGGUCGAAAAGAAAAAAGUAUUAUUUUUUAAAGUGUCCUUUUUUCUAGGAACUGAUUUGAAGCCAUGAGACAAUUUUUGGAUACUAAAUGAAUAAAUGGUAUUUGGUUUGAGAUGCAUUGUUUUCCAAUGCGUUUUCAUUUGGAACCCAACUUUUUUUUUUUUUUCUAACUUUUAUGAUGCUUUUAUCUAUAUGCUAAAAAAAUAAAAAUAAAUCACAUGACAGAACCCGUGAACCUACAGUAUAAAUGUGUAUUCCUGCAACUAGCAUGACUAUAACUUGUUUUCAUGAAUUUCACUGAUACAAACAGUUGACAGGUAAAUAAAAAUAUGAUAGAACAUUUUUAGUAAAAUAUGAGAAAAUGAAAUAAAUGAGUUGCUUAACAUCA